CCCAGGCAGCCGGGAUUGCUUACCACCUGCAGCGUGCUUUCGGAGGCGGCGGCUGGCACGGAGGCCGGGCUACAUGAGAAGCUCGACAGGGCCUGGGAUCGGGUUCCUUUCCCCAGCAGUGGGCACACUGUUCCGGGUCCCAGGAGGGGUGCCUGGCGAGGAGUCCCACCACUCGGAGUCCAGGACCAGAGAGUGUGGCCUUGACCUGAGAGGCCUCUUGGUCGGGAGCCCUGUUUCCAAGAGCGCAGCAGCCCCUGCUGUGACCUCUGUGAGAGGAACCUCGUCACACUUUGGGAUUCAGCUCAGAGGUAGCACCAGAUUGCCUGACAGGCUUAGCAGGCUGUGUGGCCCUGGGAAUGCUGGGUGGCAGCAAGAGUUUGCAGCCAUGGACAGUUCUGAGACCUUGGACACCAGCUGGGAGGCAGCCUGCAGUGAUGGAGCAAGGCGUGUCCAGGCAGCAGGCUCUGUGCCAUCAGCAGAGUUGAGUAGCAAUAGCUGCAACCCUGGCUGUGGCCUUGAGGACCCCCCAACCCCUCCUGGCUCUCACAGUGCCUUUGCCUCAAGCUUUAGCUUUAUUCGGCUCUCGCUUGGCUCUGCCGGGGAACGUGGAGAAGCAGAAGGCUGCCCACCAUCCAGAGAGGCCGAGUCCCCUUGCCAGAGCCCCCAGGAGAUGGGAGCCAAAGCUGCCAGCUUGGACGGGCCUCAUAAGGACCCUCGAUGUCUCUCUCGGCCCUUCAGUCUCUUGGCUACACAGGUCUCAGAGGACUUGGCCCAGGCCGCCGGGAACAGCUCCAGGCCAGAGUGUGAGAUGCAUUCUUUACCGGACAUGGACUCUGGUUCCUCCAGUUCUCUGGAUCCCUCACUGGCUGGCUGUGGUGGUGAUGGGAGCAGCGGAUCGGGGGAUGCCCACUCUUGGGACACCCUGCUCAGGAAAUGGGAGCCAGUGCUGCGGGACUGCCUGCUGAGAAACCGGAGGCAGGUGGAGGUAAUAUCCUUAAGAUUAAAACUUCAGAAACUUCAAGAAGAUGCAGUUGAGAAUGAUGAUUAUGAUAAAGCUGAGACAUUACAACAAAGAUUAGAAGACCUGGAACAAGAGAAAAUCAACCUGCACUUUCAGCUUCCUUCAAGGCAGCCAGCUCUUAGCAGCUUCCUGGGUCACCUGGCAGCACAAGUCCAGGCUGCCUUGCGCCGUGGGGCCACUCAGCAGGCCAGUGGAGACGACACCCACGCCUCACUCAGAACAGAGCCGAGGCUGUUGGAAUGCACUGCUCAGGACAGCUUGCACGUGUCCAUCACGAGACGAGACUGGCUUCUUCAGGAAAAGCAGCAGCUACAGAAAGAAAUCGAAGCUCUCCAAGCAAGGAUGUCGGUGCUGGAAGCCAAAGAUCAACAGCUGAGAAGGGAAAUAGAGGAGAAAGAGCAACAACUCCGGUGGCAGGGCUGCGACCUGACCCCACUGGUGGGCCGGCUGUCCCUGGGUCAGCUGCGGGAGGUCAGCAAGGCCUUGCAGGACACCCUGGCCUCAGCCGGUCAGAUUCCCUUCCAUGCAGAGCCACCGGAAACCAUAAGGAGCCUCCAGGAAAGAAUAAAAUCCCUCAACUUGUCACUUAAAGAAAUCACUACUAAGGUGUGUAUGAGUGAGAAAUUCUGCAGCACCCUGAGGAAGAAAGUUAACGAUAUUGAAACCCAACUACCAGCCUUGCUUGAAGCCAAAAUGCAUGCCAUAUCAGGAAACCAUUUCUGUACAGCUAAAGAUCUCACCGAGGAGAUUAGAUCAUUAACAUCAGAGAGAGAAGGGCUGGAGGGACUCCUCAGCAAGCUGUUGGUGUUGAGUUCCAGGAAUGUCAAAAAGCUGGGAAGUGUUAAAGAAGAUUACGACAGACUGAGAAGAGAAGUGGAGCACCAGGAGACUGCCUAUGAAACAAGCGUGAAGGAAAAUACUAUGAAGUACAUGGAAACACUUAAGGAUAAACUGUGCAGCUGCAAGUGUCCACUGCUUGGGAAAGUGUGGGAAGCUGACUUGGAAGCUUGUCGAUUGCUUAUGCAGAGCCUACAACUCCAGGAAGCCAGGGGAAGCCUGUCUGUAGAAGAUGAGAGGCAGAUGGAUGCCUUAGAGGGAGCUGUUUGUAUAGCUGCUUCUCCCAUUACCCCCAGGCUCCACUCCGAGGAUAAAAGGAAGACCCCUUUGCAGGCAUUGGAAGAAUGGAAGGCUCACCUCAUCCCCUCUCUGUACUGUGCUGGAGGCGAACAGAAAGAGGAAUCUUACAUCCUUUCUGCAGAACUUGGAGAAAAGUGUGAAGACAUAGGCAAGAAGCUAUUGUACUUGGAAGAUCAACUUCACACAGCAAUCCACAGUCACGAUGAAGAUCUCAUUCAGUCUCUCAAGAGGGAGCUCCAGAUGGUGAAGGAAACUCUGCAGGCUAUGAUCCUGCAGCUCCAGCCGGCAAAGGAGGCAGGGGAAAGAGAAGCUGCAGCUUCCUGCAUGACAGCUGGUGUCCGGGAAGCACAAGCCUGA